CGCUCUGUGCUCGCUUAUCUCCGCCUGCCCACAGCUUCUCCGCUUCUGUCCGCCCAAGAUGGCGGCCCUCGGCGAGGAAUGUCGGCCCCAGUCGGUGGGUUUACGGAUUAUAUGCAGAUGAGAUCUCCAACUGGCCGAAGCACCUGGUUUUCUAAAUGUUUGCCCAGUCAGACAAUAUUUUAAAUUCAAAUUCCAGUCAUGGCUUAUGAUGAAGCAUUCAAGAGAAAAGAAGAUUGUGUAGUGGGUGAAAGCGGAAUUGAAGAGGUGGGUCUGGCAGCAGGCAGAAGCCAACGAGAGAAGAAGCGCUCGUAUAAAGAUUUGCUGAGAGAAGAGGAGGAAAUAGAUGCAGAAGUCCGAAAGUCAGCCAAAAAGAAAGCGAAGGAUACUGAAGGUUUCCUGUUGGCUGCCGAUAUUCAUAAGAAAAAGAAGAAAUUACAUCAUUUAAUGGGCGAAGAAUUCUAUUAUGGAGAAUUGUCACCGAUGGAACCUGUGAAAAAGAAAAAGAAGUCUGAGGGUCAUCAGGCUGACACCGCCAUGGGUCUCCUCAAGGCCAUCACUUCACCCAUAUCAACAGCUCCAAAACCUUCCAAGAAACCUGAGAAAUCGCUUGCUGCUUUUAGCUCACCAUCCUAUCCUCCUUUAUACCCUGAGAUCAGGAAGGAGCAUAAGAAGAAGACCAGUAGUGCAGAGCAUGAGGAAACCCCUGAAGAAGGGGACUUGCAUAAGGCGAAAAAAAUGAAGCCAAUUUUUGUAAAUACAGACACUGUGACGGUGCGUGAGGCAGAAGGUUUAAAAAUGAAGCUCCUCCUCUCACCUAAGGACAAAUCGGGCACAGAUGAUGAAGCAUUCAACUUUGCCACAUCAUCAAGCCUUAAGAAAUCAUCAAAGAAGAUGAGUAGGGAGCAGGAUCAUGCCACAUUCCACUCUGCCCUCGAGGCCCAAGGCCUGCCAAAAACGGUUGUUCGCAAAAAGCACAGGUCAGAAUCUCGAACCAGUGAGAGCUUUGAUUCUGAGACACGUUUUUACAGUGAGGUCCGUGCUGGCAACCUCUCAGAGUGUGACCUCUCGGGCCUUGAGGCGCUGGAGACGGCAUCGUCGUCUGGUGGUGAGCUAGAGGCGGGAGAACUGGUCAUCGAUGACUCCUUCCGCGAAAUGAAAAAGAAGAAGAAAAAAGACAAGAAGAGCAAAAAAAAGAAGGACAAGGAGAAACACAGAGAGAAGAAACACUCCAAAUCAAAGAAGUUGCAUGCUCAUUCCCCUGUGAAGAUCUUAGCAACGACCAAGUGCUGCUACCCAACGCAGUCGACUGUUAGCACACCUUAUGCAAUUAAUGUGCCCCCACCUUCCAUAUUCCACAUGGAAGGACAAAGUGAGAAAAAGAAGAAAAAGGAGGAAAAAGAUAAAGAAAAAGUUGAGAAACCAGAAAAGAAAAAGAAGAAUAUGUCUGCUUAUCAGCUCUUUUGCAAGGAGUACAGGAUUAAUAUUGUUGCUGAACAUCCAGGAAUAGAUUUUGGUGAGCUGAGCAAAAAGUUAGCUGAAGUCUGGAAACAACUUCCUGACAAGGAGAAACAGGUCUGGAAGCAAAAGUGCCAAUACCUGCAGCACAAGCAGAACAAAGCGGAGGCCAUGACAGUGAAGCGGAAACUGACUGACUUAUUGGAAGAGACAGCUACUAAACAGAAAGGCAGACAAAAUUCUUCAUCUCUAUCCAGUGUGGCAUCAUCACACAAGAAAUCCACCCAUUUGCUGGGAUUGGGAGGAAGCAGUCACUCCUCUUCCCCCAUUAAAAUGCCAGAGAUCGAUCCAAUUGAUGUCGCAGCCCACUUGCAGCUUCUCGGUGAAUCAUUGAGUCUCAUAGGUCACCGAUUGCAAGAAACUGAGGGGAUGGUGGCAGUGUCUGGGAGUCUCUCUGUCCUGCUGGAUUCCAUCAUCUGUGCACUCGGUCCUUUAACUUGCCUCACUGCGCAGGUUGAAUGUCUCAAUGGGUGUCCAAAAGAAGUCCUGGCCCAUACUCUGGAUAACAUUGCUUAUAUCAUGCCAGGCCUUUGAUCUUUGUGGAUUGUUGGAACUGGAAGAAUACCAGAAAACUGAAUAAUAUAUUGUACAUAAAGACUUGGCUGUGGAGGAACACGUGUGUUCUGUACCCUUUCCCAUAGUAUUGUAAUUAUUGUUGAGUGGGGUGAAAGCCUGGUUUUGAACUGUCAAAACACAUACUGCAGGGCUUAGUGGGAAGAUUGCGAUUUACCGUAGAGAUUAUGGACUGACUGGCACUUACGUGGGACCACUUCAACACCAAAUGAGAAAGCAAGCGCUGGAUCAUCUUACGCUGAAGUCUAAAUGUUAUCACGGGUACAUGUCAUUUUGUAAGUCUGUAAUGUUUAAACAAGAUGUAUGUCACAAUUUUUGUUUUAGAAUUGUGAAUCUGGAAUAAAGAAAGGUUGGAAAUAUGUAACUGCUUAGUUGCCCACUGAAACAAGAAAACUGCAGUGUUCCAAUGGAAGUUCAGAUUCACAGGUGCCAAACCGACCUUGAACUUUUAGGUGCUCAGCUAUCCAUUAUAUGUUUGCAGUUACCUUUCUAUUUCAAUUGAAUUAUUUUAUACAAUUGAAAAUGCAGCCUGUCUUGUGUUUCACAGCAGUUCCCAUUCUGUCCUUGGUGCAUUAACUCAAUUUAAUUCUUCCAUGGAUUUUUUUUUAUUGUAGGUAUAUUCGUAUGAAUCCCUUGCUUUGAGCACAGCUUAUAACGGAUGCAAUGUUUUGUGAUUAAUUGUUCUCUUUCAAAGUUGAUUCUAUGCAUAGACUGUCUCAUACAGGAUCAUAGGGUUUAACACCACCUCAUUUUUGCUUUAGACUAGCAAAAUCUUGCAAAGUUUUGUCUCUUUAUCCAUUACAUCUUAACUCUACCUUUACCUUUCCUUUCCUGAACAACUUGACAGGUACCUAGGUAAUUGUUCUUGAUUUUAUUUAUUCACUCACAGAUCGUGGGCAUUGCUGGCUAGGUCAGCACUACAUUCAUUCCUAAUUGCCUGGAGAAGCUAGUGAGUUUGUCAUCUUCCUGAACCACUGUAGUCCAAUUGGCAAAGGGGCCUUCACAGUACUGUUUGGGAGGGACUUCCAGGAUUUUGUCCUCGUGACACUGAAGGAAUGGCGCUGUACUUCUAAAUCAGGGUGGCAUAUGGUUUGGAGAGGAAUUGCAAGUAGCAGUGUUCCCAUAUCUCUGCUGCCCUUGUCCCUUAGAUGGUGGAGAUUGCAGGUUCGGAAGGUGCUGUCGAAGGAAGUGAGUCUGGAUGCUCGGUGUUAAAAUUGGUAUAUUUUGUUGAGCUAUUCCAUUCCUACC